AGAAAAUAGAAAAUCGCGAAUUUCUAAAAAGUCAGAAAAUCUACGAGCAUUUUAUAAAUAUCAGAAAAAGCUCCACGAUUUUCCAGAUCGAUUUUCCAUAAACUAGAAAUUAAUUCCAAAUUACAGUGUAGCAAUCAGUAAAUCCCAACGUAAAAAACUAAUCCAAAAAAUCCUGAAUACAACAUCGAAAAUGACAGAGGAACAAGUGGGAGAAAUUGACGAUAUAUGGGAUUUAUCCAUGGAAGAAAGACAUGAUUUGUAUCGAUACUGGGUAGAAAAAUUUCGACAGAAAUAUCUUGGCAAGUGUAGAAUACAGAGGAGGCGGGGCUUUUUUUGAAGAUAAAACACAGUUAGAGGUUUUCUCCAAGUUAUCACAUAUGGUGACAGCUUAACGAAGCCAGAUUUCAGUUCUGAUUAUUCUGGAACCAGACAACCAUCAUUUUGUCUAUAUUCUAUAUGUAUUUAUUAAGUUUACUAGUGGUUGGUCGGUUAUACUAUUAACAAUAGUGUAAUUAACAUUGAUAUAAUUUGAUUUGACUUUUUCGUAAAUUUAGCCGACAUUCAUCGUGCUCGAAUUUCCUAUGAAAAUGCUGUGAUUCAACAUCAGAAAAUUUUACAGCUUGAAGACUAUCAAAUAUUGAGAAAAGCCAUUAUAAUUGCUAUGGUAAGCUCUUCUAUUCAUCUACGAUGUUGUAGGCAAACAGGUCUAUGUUUCAGACAACGACCGGCGCUGCGAAAUACUUCGAUGUUUUACAAAAAUUAGGUUUAGUAAGUCUGAUCAAUCAUAGCAAUGUUCUCUAUAUUAUUUCGUCUAGGCUGUAAAAUUGUUAUUGUUGAAGAAGCUGCCGAAAUAUUCGAAGCUCAUGUAAUUAGUUCGUUAACAGAAAAAUGCGAACAUUUGAUCUUAAUUGGUGAUCAUCAACAAUUAAGACCGAAUCCAACUGUUUAUCGUCUGGCAAAAACAUAUAAUAUCGACGUUUCUCUUUUCGAACGUCUCGUGAGAAAUGAUUUUCCAUCUGUACGAUUAAAUGUGCAGCAUCGAAUGCGUCUAGAAAUUUGCGCAUUAAUGAAACACUUUUACAAUGAUCUUCAGAAUCAUGACAGUGUGAAAUCAAAUCGACCAUCUAUUCUUGGAAUUCGAGAAAAUGUCUUUUUUAUUACACAUUCUCAUAAAGAAGAAGUGACUGACAAUAGUUCAAAGCAAAACUAUUAUGAAGCACAAUAUAUCAUUGAAUUAGCGCAUUUUCUAACAAAACAAGGCUAUUCGACAUCUCAGAUAACGGUAUUGGUUAUGUACAUUGGCCAAAAACACUUAUUAACUGUACUAAAACAACGAAAAUUUUCCAAAGUAUUAGAAGGUCUUCAAAUAACCACAGUUGAUAAUUACCAAGGAGAGGAGAACGAUAUAAUCAUUUUGUCAUUGGUUCGAAAUAAUGUACUUAAUGAUGUUGGAUUUCUCAAAAUUCAAAAUCGAAUUUGUGUUGCUCUUUCACGAGCACGAUGUGGCCUGUACAUUUUGGGUAAUUUAGAAAUGAUGCAGAAAACAAGUGAAAUGUGGAAAAAUCUAGCUAAAACAUUUCAUGAAAUGAAAGCUGUUGGUAAAGGCUUGAAUCUUUGUUGUACUAACCAUCCCAAAGCACCGUUUGUUGCUGUAAAUCCACAAUCAUUCGCACGUCGACCAGACGAUCCGCAAGAGCAUGGUCGAUGUAAAGCCGUCGUUGAUAAAAAGAUUGUCGAAUGUCAACAUCCAAUUAAGUUUGAAUGUUCUAAAAUACCAACUAUUCAAGAUUGUAAACAAACGUUUCUGAUUAAAUUGCCAUGUGAUCAUUUAGUUCAAGUUCCGUGCCAAAUUAAUCAAUUAAAGGUGUAUGACUCUGUCGACUGCCCUACACCAUGUAAUCAACAAUUACUAUGCGGUCAUAAAUGUCGUGGAACAUGCGGCUCUUGUCAGCAUGGUCAAUUGCAUAAACAAUGCCGGGAGAAAUGUGACAAAGAACUGAUUUGUGGACAUCUAUCAAAUUGCGGGCAUGCUAUUGAGAGGACCGAACUUGAUCAAUAUAUGAAUAAUUUUAUGGCGCAACAAGAUGAACAUCGUUUUAUUCGUCUUCCAAAAUGCCCAAGAUGUGCAGCAAAAAUUUACCAAUGUAAACGGUAUCAACAUAUCCUCAAUCAUCUUCACUCGUGGAUUGAAAAAGUCAAAUCAAAUCAACAGGAUAGCAAAGCAUCAUACCAGAAGCAACAAAAGCUGAUAAUCCGAAGAAACUUUUAUGUAUCAUCAAGUGAAUCUGUACGAACAAUAAUUAAAAGUUUAAACAUCAUGGAAGAAAAAUCAAUGAAUGAAGAUGAACUGAAUUAUGUUGAAAAUACGUUGGUUCUUCUUAGAGAGCUAGAUCCUUUGUUGUUAUUUGCUAAGAAUGCAUUUAUGCAUAAAGACCAAGAAGUCAAUCAGAAAGUCAAUUAUUGGAUUGGUCUUGUCGUUUCAUUCAUGGGCGCAUAUAAAUAUCGUUAUACUCCACAACAAUUGAACGAUAUAAAACAAGAAUUAGAUAGAAUAAAGGGUUUUAUGUAUCUACAUUUGUUGAUGAAAGAAAUGCAACUCAAGAGUAUUGAACCAGAUAUCGAUUGUCAAAAAAUGUUAAAUGAACUAAAAACAUUAACAACAAAAUAUAGUUCGUUUACGACAAAUGAUUGUGAAAUAUUUUACAAGAUUUUCAACCACCUGGUUGAAAAAUUGAAUAUACCCGUGCUUGGUGUACGUAGAAGCAUACAAAUGUCAAGAUCUACCACUACGAUAGAUUCAAGGCAGGAGAAUUGGUUCUAUUGCGUAAACGGUCACACAUAUGUUGGCAAAGAUCAAAAGCCAAUUUCUUGUCCACAAUGCCAACAUAAUGAAUGA